UGAUGAGCUCUCAGGCGAUGAUGACUUCUCAGGCGAUGAUGACCUCGCAAGCCAUGAUGACCUCCGAGGCCAUGAUGACUUCGGCUGCCAUGGCCACGGAGACAGCAAUGUCGUCUGCCGCCAUGAUGACGUCUAGUGCGGCUGCCAUGUCCAUGUCCUAUGGAUCAGGCAGCUCGAACUGGGGCGGUGACGGCUACUCGAACUGCGUGCAGCAAUGUGUUGCUUCCUACGCUCCCUCCGCCACCGUCACUAUGUCUGCGACCGCCAGCGCCCUGGCUAGCGGCGCGGGCAUGACCCACACCAUCUACGUCGCGCCUACUCAGGGUGUCCUCCGUAUGGUGCCGUUCGCCGUAAACGCUAGUGCCGGUGAUACCCUCCAAUUCGUCUGGGGUGGAAACAACCACACCGUCACGAAGAGCAGCGAGCUCUCCCCCUGCAACAAGACUACCGACGGAACUGCCUUCGCUUCCGGCACGCACGACGCGGGCUUCACCUUCGCCGAGACUGUUAACGACACCAACCCUGUCUUCUACUACUGCGGCACCCCCGGUCACUGCCCGAAGGGUAUGUUCGGUGUCGUCAAUGCGCCCAACGUCGAUAACAACGGCGCCACUUCCGUUGCGUCCAUGAUGCCCGCUAUGAUGGCCAACAGCUCCACGCUCUCAGCGAUGUACGCCGCUAGCAACAUCAGCAGCAACCCCAUGGCCGCUACCUGGGGUGAUAGCAUGGACAUGGGCAGCAUGCCCGGGUGGUCGCAGUCCCUCAUGGCCGAGAACGUUGUGUACACGCGUGCGUUCCUGGCUGCCAACCCGAGCGUCAUGAGCGCCGAUGGUACUAUCAACAUGGCCGCGGCUAACGGCCAGUUCGUCGUUCCUCAAGAUGUCAGCCAGUCCCUCAGCAGCGCGGGCUCGGCGUCGUCGUCUGCUUCCGCGUCUUCGGCACCUGCAUCCGGCUCCGCCGCGGCGGCAGGCAUUGCGGCGGCGUCGUCUUCUGGCGCGCCCUCUGCCUCACCGUCCACGGCCGGCUCCACGAGCGGCGCACGCGCCAACGUUGCCUCCGGCGCGCUCUUUGGCGUCGCCGCCAUCGCCGCGACUUUCCUCGCGCUCUAAGGGAGACACCGCUCUACUCCCUUCGCUCUCACGAAGUGCUGUUAUUUAGGAGAUACCGCUAGUACACAUCUCACGGACUAUCGGUGCACGCGCCGCGCGGGAUGGACCAGCUAAUUCGUUCGAACUCACGGACCUUUCUGUUUCGUUCCUGUUAGCCCGUCGUGAUAUCGCCUCUGGAACUGGUGCACGGACACUGUAUCGUCGAUACUUCGUUGUUCAUUUCCCUCUUGCGAUUGGACACUGUGAUCUCCAUACCUCCCACUUGUUUUCUCAGUUACCGUAUUCCCUCGCGUGCGAGGAGAAGGCUUCACCUUCCCCACACUGCUUAUAGGUACUUAGCUACUGAUCGCCAAUAGUAUCAGGCUAGUGCCAUGCUCAGUGCAUAUUCGUUGCGUGCGUGCAGGU